AGAAAACAGAUUAACUGAGCUAUUUAAGAGAAAGAGCAACUCUGAGAGCUGUCUCUAAGAUGACAAGUAUGCUCCAAAUACUGAGUGCAGUGUUUACAGUCGCUCUUCUAACAAGAGGAUGUGACGCACAACUAGCAGAAUGUGGCAAAGCCCCUCUCAACACGAGAAUAGUAGGGGGACAGGAUGCCCCUGUUGGUUCGUGGCCAUGGCAAGUCAGUCUUCACAAGAACGGUAGACAUUUCUGUGGUGGAUCACUCAUCAACAAUGAAUGGGUCCUGACAGCAGCUCACUGCUUUGACAGUACUUUAACUGAUGGCCUAACUGUGUACCUGGGGCGACAGACGCAGCCAGGAACGAAUUCAAACGAGGUGUCCAGAACUGUCUCUCAAAUCAUUAAACAUCCAAACUACAGUUCCAGCUCUCAUGACAAUGAUAUCACUCUCCUGCAUCUGUCUUCAUUUGUGAAUUUUACUGACUACAUAAGACCGGUCUGCCUGGCAGCUGCAGACAGUACAUUCUUCAACCGCACUGCGAGCUGGGUCACUGGAUGGGGAAAUGUUCAAUCCGGUGUUUCCCUGUCUUCAUCAAAACCGCUACAGGAAGUGCAAGUGCCUAUUGUUGGAAACAGGCAAUGCAAGUGCCUUUAUGGAAUCCAAACAAUCUCAGACAACAUGAUCUGUGCUGGACUAUUGGAAGGGGGAAAAGACUCCUGUCAGGGUGACUCUGGUGGACCUAUGGUCAGCAAACAGGGCUCAGUCUGGAUCCAGUCUGGGGUUGUGAGCUUUGGCAAAGAUUGUGCUUUGGCUGGGUUUCCUGGUAUCUAUGCCAGAGUAUCUCAGUACCAGACCUGGAUCACCCAACAGAUCAACCAGUCAAAUAACCAGCCAGGCUUCAUCAAAUUCAUCUCCACUGGUACUGAUGGUGAUCUGAGCAUAAACUGUGCUAAUGUACCCGCCAUUACAUCAACUGCUGCUCCUGCCACUACAACCGUUGCACCUGUAGUUUGUGGAAGUGCAAAACUGAAUACUCGUGUGGGAGGAAACAGCUUCCUUGCAUCUUCAGGUGUAUGGCCAUGGAUGGCCAGUCUUCAGCUUAACGGCAGUCAUGUUUGUGGAGGAACAAUGGUUGCUGAAUGGUUUGUCAUGAGCUCUGCCAGCUGCUUUUCCAGAUCUACCAAUGCCUCCGAUUGGACUGUGAUCCUGGGUCGUUUGUAUCAGAAUGGCACCAACCCCAAUGAGCUCUCUGUAAAAGUGGCAAACAUUACAAUCAGCAAUUUUACAGAUGACAAUGUUGCAGUCUUGCAGUUGGCCAGGGCACCAAAACUUUCAGAUUUCAUUCAGCCCAUAUGCGUGGACCAGGGAGACAAUACCUUCAGUGCUGAUACUCCAUGCUGGGUGGCAGGUUGGGGCUCAGGAGCAGGAGGAGCUAAUCAAGCUCUUCAGGAAUUCCAAACUGCUAUAGUGAAUUGUGGGAACGAAUCCUCAAACAAUAGUAUUUGUACAAGUUCGUUGAACUUACAGGAGGGUGAUCAAGGUGGUCCGCUGAUGUGUAAACAGGGUCUGUCAUGGGUCCAUGCUGCUGUUCUGACCAUCCAGAGUAGCACUUCAAACAGCAGCACUAAUACAAGGUCCAGUAACAGCACUGUGGAAAGCUGGUCUCUCCGUGCUCAAGACAUCCAGGUCUUCACUAAAACCUCCAGCUAUGUGGCAUUUGUAAAAUCUCUGGUUGGUUCUUUCCCUCAAAAAGCCACAAACAGCACAAAUUCAACUUCAACUGCAAAUGCAACUGCACCUGCACCCAGCAACUCGGUCCAAGCUACCACCACUAGUGGAUCACAGUCCUGUUUUAAUACUGUCCUUUUGUUACUUCUAGCACUCCAAAUCUUUCAUCAAGGCUAAGAUCAAUCAGGUAUUAUUAGUAAAGAUCUUCUAACUAUAAUUGUGAAUAUAUAACCUCAGACAAAUAAUACAUGUUUGAAUUUGCUUAAUGUGACUGAUUAUAAAACUGCCAUCAUAAAACAUCAAAAGGAUUUGCGUUGUCCAUUUUUGCUAGAAACACAAUGGAGUUGACUUGAAAUAUUCAUUAGUUGUUAUCUUGGACUAUGAGGCUAUUCUGACUAUAUUUAUUUCUGUGUACAAUUUCUUUAUACUGGCAGCAUUUAAGAAUAAGUGCAUAGCUAAAAAACAUUUACUGUCUUCCCAUUAAACACACAUAUUUGCAUUGGAGAAUUUGUAUGCAACAUGGCAAUUUAUAGAAAUGUCCCAGUUUCAGUGGUUCAGUUCUUUGUUGGCUACUGUAUCUUAUCUAAUUACCUCAAGUUGCACCACUCUUGUGACAUUACUAUAAGUUCACAAUUGUUGACAUUAGAGUACUUAAAUAUUUUUCCAUUUUAUUCAUGUUUUGAAAACUUGAAGAGUAUGUCAUGAUAUUAUGCUACUGUACUGUAUAUGUUCCUGAAUAUUCUUUCCAAAAAUAUUUUUUUUUAUCUAAUUUGUUUUAUGUGUGAUUUUAAUGAAAAGUGUUGUUUUGUAAUGAAAUGGGAUUUCCAUGUUUUUUUAUUUUUUUAUUUUUUAUUUUUUUUGUGAAUGAAGUAACUCUUUUCACCACACUUUUUAAAUGUGAACCAUAAAACAAUGCAAUUUUUGUAAGUUGUAAAAUUUCUGAUUAAUAUUACUAUUAAAAUAAAGUUGUACAAA